GUAUACCUACAGUAUUGAGAUUGACUAUUGAGUUGCGGGAUUUAUAUUGUAUAUUGAUUUUAUAUACGUAAAGGAUUUAUUUUAUUAGUAUAUGUUAUAUCUAUGUUAAUAUUAUGUUGGGUAUACAACUAAAUGUAAAUUAUUUGUUAUUUUGUUUAAGUAAUUAAUCAUGUUAAUUGCUUCAGAAGCUAAGUGCCGAUAUCUACGUCAGGGCUGCCCCAGUCAUUUCACGUAUGACUUUAUCUUAGUGUUGUUUUGUUCAACGACAGUAAAAUUUACUUUAUAAUUUUUUAAAUUUAAAAAAAAUAUCUAAUAUUAUAUUAUUUAUAUAUCCUAACAUUUUAUUUAUAAAUUUCCAGUUUAUUUAAAUAGUUAUAUAUACAUAAUUUACAUACCUACACAGCUAUAUCUAGAAAUGGCAAAUCCAAGUGUUGAAGUCUUAUAUAAUCAGAUAUUUAUAAACAAUAAUUUUGUAAACUCAUUAAGUAGAAAAACAUUUGCAACUAUCAAUCCUGCAAAUAAAAAAAAAAUUAUUGAUGUUGCCGAAGCAGAUAAAGAUGAUGUUGAUUUGGCAGUUAAUGCUGCAAAAACGGCAUUUAAACCUGAUUCUGAAUGGCGUAAAAUGGACGCAUCUGCUCGAGGCAAAUUGAUGUAUAAGUUAUCUGAGUUAAUAGAUAAACACAAAAUUCAUUUAGCAAAUUUAGAGUCUUUGGACAAUGGUAAACCUUAUAGUGAUUCAUUAUUGGACAUAGAUAUGGCUAUUUCUACUCUUCAAUAUUAUGCUGGAUUUGCUGACAAAAUUCAUGGAACAACUAUUCCAGCAGAUGGACCAUAUUUUGCAUUCACUAAACAUCAACCUGUUGGAGUAGUUGGACAAAUUAUACCUUGGAACUAUCCAAUUUUAAUGUUGGCAUGGAAAUGGGGACCGGCUCUUGCUACUGGAUGUACAAUUGUAUUUAAACCAGCUGAACAAACCCCUCUCACUGCCUUGCAUGUAGCUGCGCUAUCAAAAGAAGCAGGAUUUCCUGAUGGAGUCAUUAAUGUUGUACCUGGUUAUGGUCCAACUGCAGGUCAAGCUAUAGCUAGCCAUCAGGAAAUAAAUAAAGUGGCAUUUACUGGAUCAACAGAAGUUGGAAAAUUAAUCAUGGAAGAAGCAGCCAAAUCUAAUUUAAAACGUGUAUCAUUAGAGUUAGGUGGCAAGAGUCCUCUUGUAAUAUUCAAUGAUUUUGAUGUUGACGAAGCUGCUAAGAUUGCUCAUGAUGCUGUGUUUGCCAACAUGGGUCAGAAUUGCUGUGCUGGUUCUAGAACAUUUGUUCAAGAAGGUAUUUAUGAAAAAUUUGUUGAAAAAGCCGCCAGUUUGGCAUCACAAAAGAAAGUUGGAGAUCAAUUUGAUGCUGAUACGCAACUAGGGCCUCUGGUAAGAUUUUAA